AUGUCCACGGGGUUCUCCUUCGGGACCAGCACGCUGGGCUCCACCACCGUAGCCGCCGGCGGGACCGGCGCAGGCGGCGGCUUCUCCUUCGGGACCGGGGCGUCUAGCAACCCUUCGGUGGGGCUCAACUUUGGAACUCUUGGAAGCACCGCCGCUCCUGCAGCCACAUCUGCUUCCUCGGGCGGAUUUGGAACCGGGCUCUUUGGACCGAAAUCUACCACUGGCUUCACUCUGGGAGGAACAAAUGCAGGAAUAGCAACAACUAUAACUACAGGAUUAACUCUGGGAACGCCAGCCACGACAUCUGCGUCUACAACGGGUUUCAGUUUGGGAUUCAGUAAACCUGCCGCCUCUGCCACACCAUUUGCUCUCCCUGUCGCGUCUACCUCAGCGAGUGGUCUUACUCUUUCGUCUGCUCUCACAUCCACUCCUGCAGCAUCUACAGGAUUUACCCUAAAUAACUUGGGUGGAACAACGGCCACAACUACUACUGCAUCAACAAGCCUCUCUUUAGGGGGAGCCUUAGCUGGUCUGGGAGGCUCGCUUUUCCAGAGUUCGAAUACAGUAACAUCAGGACUUGGACAGAAUGCCUUGGGCUUGACUUUGGGAACCACGGCAGCUACUUCAACUGCUGGCAACGAAGGCCUUGGAGGUAUAGACUUUAGUAGCUCAUCAGAUAAGAAGAGUGAUAAAACAGGAACAAGACCAGAGGAUAGUAAAGCACUGAAGGAUGAAAACCUACCUCCUGUCAUCUGCCAGGAUGUUGAAAAUCUCCAGAAAUUUGUGAAGGAACAGAAACAGGUACAGGAAGAAAUUAGUAGAAUGUCUUCGAAAGCAAUGCUUAAAGUACGAGAAGACAUCAAAGCUCUGAAGCAGCUUCUGUCCCUGGCUGCCAGUGGAUUGCAGAGAGACACUCUCAGUAUUGACAAGCUGAAAAUAGAAACUGCUCAGGAGUUAAAGAAUGCUGAAAUAGCUUUAAGAACCCAGAAAACCCCGCCUGGACUCCAACAUGAAAACACCGCUCCCGCCGACUACUUCAGAGUCUUGGUGCAGCAGUUUGAGGUCCAGCUUCAGCAGUACAGGCAGCAGAUUGAAGAACUAGAGAACCAUCUUGCCACUCAGGCAAAUAACUCCCAUAUAACCCCUCAAGAUUUGUCAAUGGCUAUGCAGAAAAUUUAUCAAACAUUUGUAGCUUUAGCUGCACAACUUCAGUCUAUUCAUGAAAAUGUGAAGGUGCUAAAAGAACAGUACCUGGGCUACAGGAAAAUGUUCUUGGGAGAUGCUGUAGAUGUGUUUGAAGCCAGGCGAGCAGAAGCCAAGAAGUGGCAGAACGCACCCAGAGUUACUACUGGACCCACCCCUUUCAGCAGCAUGCCAAAUGCGGCAGCCGUUGCCAUGGCUGCAACACUCACACAGCAGCAGCAGCCUGCUACAGGGCCACAGCCAUCUCUGGGAGUUAGUUUUGGAACACCAUUCGGCUCAGGUAUUGGCACUGGCUUGCAGUCAAGUGGCUUAGGUUCUUCAAACCUUGGAGGAUUUGGAACUAGCUCUGGUUUUGGAUGCAGCACGACAGGGGCCUCCACAUUUGGAUUUGGAACAACAAAUAAACCCUCAGGAAGUCUUAGUGCAGGCUUUGGCAGCUCAAGUACAUCUGGGUUUAACUUCAGCAAUCCUGGGAUCACGGCAUCAGCUGGUUUGACAUUUGGGGUGUCCAGUCCUGCCUCUGCAGGGUUUGGAACAGGAGGGCAGCUCCUUCAGUUGAAGAAACCUCCAGCUGGAAACAAAAGAGGAAAAAGAUAAACAUACGGGUUGAUGUGGUCAAGAGAAUUCAUAGCAGCAUCGUUCAUUCUAUGAGUCUAUUUUUCUAAAAUUGAUGCAGUAAUUAGAUUGCAUCCCAGGAGAUUUAUAAAGUUUUGCUAUUUUCCCUACUCUGGAAUCUGAACUGUGUUCUUGUUUGCCACGGUAAACAUCUUUUUCCUUGUGGAUUUGAAACCCAGUUGUGUAUCUCGUUAUUUUGAUGGUCAGUGUAAGAAAUGUUUGAUUACAUCACUGAUAAGUAAAACCUAUUUAACCCUACUGUCAUAGCAGUGUUUCUGUUGAUAAGGUUUACAUGAUGUGAAUAUAUGCACAUUUGUUUCCUGUACAGGUGGUAUGAACUCCUGAGUCCUCUACUAGAAUCAGUUUGUUCCUUGAUAAAGGCCUUUUGAACUCCACUGCAGGGCGUCUUGUGAAUAUGUAUGUAAAUAUAUACAGAAUAAUACACACAGUUGUGUGUUCAUAUAAAAUAUAUAUUUACAGACCUACAACUUUUGCCUCAGACUUGUUCCCCUUUUCUAAGGGUAUUCUAUUUUUCACCUUUUAAGCUUCAAAGCCUCAGUGCUUGUAGAACGAUGAGCUAGAGGUACCAGGUCAUUGCGGUUAUUUAAUUUGCUUAGAGACCUAAUGAAAUGGUUACUGGUGUAAAUAGUUGACCAGCUCCGCUUCAUUGCCCCCAGUCUUUUCCACAGCAGCUGCUCUGAAUGAGGAGUGCUGUUAAGAAUCAUCCAGCGGAUUUUUAACAAUUUUUAUUAUCCCAUACACUCUCAUAUUGCCUGUGUGAGAUGCUUUCUCAUAUCUGAGAUGAACCUUCAAGAGCGUAUGUCACAUAUGCUCCAGACUGAUGUCUGGGGGCAAAGAGCUAUUAAGCCAAAUUGAUUCUAUGCAGGUGAAGGAUGCACUAUUACUUUAAUGGAAACUUUUCUAGCUAUUCCAAUACAGAGUUCUUUCUUAUAGGGCUAUUGAUAUUGACACCAAAUGGAGUGGUUUAUCAGCCUCUUAAUGUCUUAAGUAAAUGCUUAAUUUGGAACAGAGAAACCCUAUAUUUUAAGAAAAAAGUAUUCUUUGUAGCAACUAUAAACUACCCCGUUUUGACAGUGAACAGAGCUCCAGAACUGAAACACGAGGCACGUCAGAAUGCAUCUGUGUGAUAUUUGUGUCCAUGAGUAUCCGUGACAUCGAGUGGGUGAAAAAGAGGGCCCUUGGAAAGAGAACUGCCUUAGUUAUGAUUUCAGACAGAAACCAUGAGGUAGACCUACUUAUCUUUCAAGUACAGUUUUCAAAUGGGCUGUGAACAUGGAAUUUCGUUGAAAAUAGUAUAAUUUUUUAUAUAGAAGGUUUUGUACAUAAUGUGCAUCAAGUGAAUAUUUUCAGAAUCAUUUUCACCAAGGCACCUUUUUUUCUAUAAUAGGUAUUACAUAUAUAUACACACACAUAUAUAUUUUUAGUAUAAUGUUAGUUGGGUUUGAUUACUAAAGUGUUGUUCAGUCUGUUUUAUUUAUCCGCAUAUAGCAGUGAUUGGCUUUUUGGAAUUGAAACCUCUGCGCCUUGAUGCAUUAAAAUAAGGAAAACGCUUUGUUUCUGAACACUGAAGUUGUUUUUAUUUUCGCCUUCUUUAAAACUGCAGUCCCCAGAUCCAGAUUUUGGGGAAGGGUAGGAAAAUGGGAUUUUGUGUUUUGAGUUACUGUCAGAAUUAAAUACCCAAUUACAACAAGCUGGGUUUUUUUUUAAAAGGACAUUGCAUUGUGCUACAAAAAUCUGAAUAUUUAUAUUUCUUAUUUUUUCUUUAUAUAUUAUACAUUUUAAUAUGUUGAACCACUGGAAAUUUGUAACAGAUCAACUUGUGAUAGGAGUUUAAAUGUGGCGUCAUUGUCUCCAAUGUCUUCACUCUGUCCUGAGCCUGUCAUUAUGUAAACAAUAAAAUUUAUUGUGUCAGUUGCUUUGAAUUUU